AUGGUACAGAUAAACGAGGUCAAGGAACACAACCCCAGAGAGGCAAGAACCGCCGCUCACACCCACAUCAAAGGUUUAGGCUUAGAUGAGCACGGACUUGCGAAAAAGAUCGAUGACGGGUUCGUCGGACAAACAGAAGCCCGUGAGGCAUGUGGUAUUCUUGUAGAUUUGAUCAAAACAAAGAAAAUGAGCGGGAAAGCCAUUCUUUUGGCCGGUGCACCAGGAACAGGAAAGACGGCAUUGGCCCUUGCCAUUUCCCAGGAAUUGGGACCAAAAGUUCCCUUUUGUCCGAUCGUUGGAAGCGAGUUGUUCAGUGCGGAGGUCAAAAAGACUGCUGCAUUGAUGGAGAACUUCCGUAAGGCCAUUGGUUUGAGAAUCAAGGAAACUAAGGAGGUGUACGAGGGUGAGGUGAUCGAGCUUUUGCCUGAGGAGGCCGAGAACCCAUUGGGAGGCUACGGAAAGACCAUCUCACACGUUGUUGUGGGUUUGAAAACGGCCAAGGGCACAAAGAACUUGCGUUUGGACCCAGGCAUCUACGAAAGCAUCCAGAAGGAGCGCGUGGCUGUCGGAGACGUGAUUUACAUCGAGGCCAACACAGGAGCUGUUAAGCGUGUGGGCCGCUCGGAUGCUUACGCCACGGAAUUCGAUUUGGAGGCUGAGGAGUACGUCCCUUUGCCAAAGGGUGAAGUUCACAAGAAGAAGGAGAUCGUUCAGGAGGUCACUUUGCACGACUUGGAUGUUGCCAAUGCUCGCCCACAAGGCGGUCAAGACGUGCUCUCCAUGAUGGGCCAAUUGUUGAAACCUAAAAAGACCGAGAUCACCGACAAGUUGCGUACUGAGGUGAACAAGGUUGUUGCCAAAUACAUCGACCAGGGUGUUGCUGAGCUCAUUCCUGGUGUUUUGUUCAUUGACGAGGUCAACAUGUUGGACAUCGAGAUUUUUACUUACUUGAACAGGGCUUUGGAAAGCUCAAUUGCCCCAAUUGUCGUGUUGGCUUCCAACAGAGGAAUGACCUCCAUUAGAGGAACUGACGACCCUACGCGGUACCCACAUGGCUGCCCUCCAGACUUGGUGGACCGUCUCUUGAUUGUAAAGACAUUGCCUUACCAAAAAGAUGAAAUCAGAACUAUCAUUUCUAAGAGAGCCAACUUGGAGGGCUUGGUCUUGGCUGCUGACGCUUUGGAAAGAUUGGCAGAGGACGGUGUGAGAAGCUCUUUGCGUUAUGCAUUGCAGUUGUUGGCUCCUGCUGGCUUGUUGAGCAAGACUGCUAACCGCGCCGAGAUCAACGUCGACGAUGUUGAGGAGUGCGAGACUUUGUUUUUGGACUCCACGCGGUCUGUGCAGAUAUUGGAGAAUUCCAAGGGUUAUUUGUAA